AUGCUCAAGCUGUUUGCGUGGGAGCCUCCCACCCUCGCCGAGGCGCGCGCGCGCCAGGCCGCGGUGGAGCUGUCCGCCCUGACUCGUGGCGCCCUCUUCGGCACCCUCUCCACCUUCCUCUGGGGCGCCGCCCCGAUCUUCGUCACCGUCGCCACCUUCGCGCUGUUUGCCGCCGUCUCGCCAGACCCGCUCACCGCGCCAAAGGCUUUCACCUCGCUCACCCUCUUCACGCUCAUGCGCCUCACCCUCGACUCGCGAGAGCCGUGGAUACAGAACGCGACCCUCCGCGACAACGUCACUUUCGGCGCGCCCUUUGAGCGGCAGCGGUACGACGCCACCCUCGCCGCGUGCUGCCUCGAGCCCGACCUCGCCGCCCUCCCCUCCGGCGACGCGACUGAGAUCGGAGAGCGGGGCAUCAACCUGUCCGGCGGGCAGCGCGCGCGCAUCGCCCUCGCGCGUGCCUGCUACCAGACGGCGGAUCUCUACCUCCUCGACGACGUCCUCUCCGCCGUCGACGCGCACGUGGCGCAACAUCUCGUCGCCCGCUGCCUGCACGGCCUGCUGCGCGAGCGGGGGGCGACGGCGCGUCCUCUCGACACGCUACCACUUGCGCCGUCCCCGCGACGGUCGGGGCUCGUGAAGAGGUCCGUGUGGGUCACGUACGGGAAGGCGCUCGGCGGCGGCGCGCUGCUCGCGCUGUUGCUCGCGUACACUCUCUCGCAGGCGCUCAACCUGGGCGCCUCGUUUUGGCUCACGCAGUGGGCGGCCGACACGCUGCACCAGGGCUCCGACCCUUGGCUGUACGUCGCCGUCUACGCCGCGGCCUCGCUCGCCGCGGCGGCCGUCAUUUGGGCGCGCGCGGUCGCGGCUGCGGGUGUCAUGACUGGUGAUGGCUCGCAGCGGGACGUGGAUGUCCUCUCGGCCGUCCUCGCGUCGCCCAUGUCUUUCUUCGACACGACGCCGCUCGGCCGCAUCCUCAACCGUUUCUCGACCGACUUGCAGGCACUCGGCCUCUGCGUCUUCAACCUGAUCGGCACUCUCCUCCUCGUCGUCGCAAACGCGUGGCAGAUCUCCUUCGGCCUCCUCCCGCUCGGCGUCGCGUACCUCGUCGUCGCGAGGUACUACCGCGCCUCGUCGCGCGAGCUGCAGCGGCUCGACUCGGUCUCAAAGUCGCCCAUCUACGCCGCCUUCUCCGAGGCUCUGCAGGGCGCGACCUCCAUCGUCGCCUUUGGCGCGACCCGCCGCUUCGGGCUCGAGGCGCGGCAGCGGCUCGACGCAAACAUCAAGGUUGGCUUCGCGACGGCGGCGGCGAACCGGUGGCUCUCGGUGCGGCUUGAGGCCAUCGGCAACGCCAUCAUCGCUGGCGUGGCCGCCCUCGCCGUCGGGCUGCACGCGGCGGCGCACGCGUCGGGCGAGGUCGUCUUCUCGUCGGUCGGCAUGCGGUACCGGCCAGGCACGCCCUUCGUGCUGCGCGGCUUCGAGCUCCGCGUCGGGGGCGGAGAGAAGGUUGGCUUGGUCGGUCGCACGGGCGCCGGCAAGAGCAGCCUGCUGGCGGCGCUCUUCCGGCUCGUCGAGCUGGCCGAGGGCUCCAUCUCGAUCGACGGCGUCGACAUCGCGACCGUCCCGCUGCGCGCGCUGCGGCAGGCUCUGGCGAUCAUCCCGCAGGAGGCGACUCUCUUCAGCGGCUCGCUCCGCAGCAACCUGGACCCCUUUGGGCAGCACGCCGACGCAGACGUGCGCGAGUGCCUCGCCCAGUGCUCGCUCGAGGCGCUUUGCGGCGCGCACCCCGCCGGCCUGCUGCAGCCGAUCGAGCCAAAGGGCGCCAACCUGUCCGCCGGGCAGCGGCAGCUCGUCUGCACGGCGCGUGCGCUGCUGCGCGGCUCGCGCGUGCUCGUCCUCGACGAGGCGACCGCGUCGGUCGACAUGGAGACGGACGAGCUGAUCCAGCAGACGCUGCGCCGCGUGCUGGGCGGCGUGACGGUGCUGACCAUCGCGCACCGGCUCGCGACGGUGAUGGACUACGACCGCGUCGUGGUGCUCUCCGCCGGCGCGGUGCUCGAGGCGGGGCCGCCGCUCGAGCUGAGGCGGCGGCCCGGUUCGGCGUUCGCCGCGCUGGUCGGCGACACUCUGGAGGGGGCGCAGGAGCGGGGCAACGGGGAGUAGGCAGUGUAGCUGAGUCGAUAGCUGAGGGCGCGGGUCUCGGCUCGAGAGGUCAUACAAAAGCACACAGCAA